AUGUUCCUGCACACAGUCAACCCCGGCCAAGGUGUCGACACUAGAUGCGCCGACAACACCAUUCUGCUACGUCGCGACUUACAUAAGAUGUGGGAUGACCACAAAUUUGCGAUUGUGCCUAAAGCAGGAAAAUGGGUUGUUCAUGUGUUGUGGAACUCUUCGGUAGUGGAGAUUCAGGAGCGAUAUCAUAACCUUGAGUUGCAGCCGCUCGCUGGUGUAUCACGGCAUUUCUUCUUGUGUCGAUUUGCCCUCGCUGUGUUUUCCAACAGCCCUUUCCUGAGCCAAAGAGUACCGAGGAAGCUGAUUCUCGUCGAUUACGAGGGCUUAGCCGAAGUUCAGGUUCGAGAGAUGGCUCCGGAUGAAUAUCAACGAAAGUUCUCCACGUUAUCUACAAGGGCAAAUAAUAGGAGUCAAAGUCCCAAAAAGAGGUCAAGAUCUGCCCCGAGAAACGAGGUCGACGAUGGCUCUGUGCUGGAGGAACCAGAUAGCGAGGAUCAUGAUGAAGAGGAAGAAGAGGAUAGAGAGUUACCCGAGAGAGCCGGAGUGCAAGCCCAUGUCGGAAGCGGCGACGAACAUCAGGGAGCAGUCACCUUCUACGGACACCGCCGAGGUCGACGAGUCCGGCAGGGCUCUAGAGGGCCUAUCGAAACAAUUAUCAACAACUGCAGUGCUAUCUGGCUGCGUGUGCUCUACUGCCCCAUAGCCCGCUCUGUAUGCCAGCUUCAAAUUGGUCAAGACCUGCAACUGUUUGAGAAAUGGCAUGAGAGGGACAAUGCUGCUGAACACAGUGACGAGCUAGCCGAUAUGGUCAACCGCGAUCCUGUACUUCUUGGUCAGUGCGUCAAGGUCCCCAGUGUAGGCCCAGAAUUUGAAAAGCCACAUUAG